CUGCGUUGUCUUUUCUCCUCAAGAGUGAUCCUGCGUGCGUUCUCAAAAGCAUCGGCAGCGUUAUUGGUAGAUAAACCUCUAGUAUUACUGUGACUGCCUUACAUAAAUGAUAUAGAUCUUCAUUGGGUUAUUUUAUAUUCCCACAUGAAACUGCAAAUUAUUUGCAAGUACCCACUUUGAUAGCUUCACCUUUCUGUUCAGAUCUUCAGCAAGAACGAAGGUCAUGCAACUGUAGUGUCCUGUGGCAACUGUGUAAUCUACUAAUAUUUAAACACCAGACAUUUGUUUGUUGUUAAUACUGAAGGUAAGAAUUGUGAAAUAAAAUGUUAUCUGCCUUUACUUUGUACUCCCUGUCUUCAGGGAGAUGACGUAAUAAUUUUAAACUUAAACCCAUAUGAUGGGAGUUAACAAACAGUGAUACCCUUGCUCACGGGCAAAAGAGAGCAUGUUUGCAAACACAUAUUUUGGCAUAUGUAUUUUAAGAUGACAGGUCUUUAAGGGAAUCAGAUAUUUUGUAAUGUGAAAGGUCAGGUUUUCCAUACUCAGAGGUUGACUAUGUUUACCUGGAAAAGGUAGGUAAGGUAGAUCGUUACUCUGACUCGGCUUUCACAGACCAUGCUUCUCAUGACACAGUGUGCCACUAUGGUUAGUGCUGUAGAGAAAAAAAAGAAAUAAAAAACAUUUUUUUUUUGUUUGAAGUAGCACUGUGUUAUCAUUUUCCAAAGUAUGUGUUGGAAUGCUGCUGUUAUUUUUGUUAGCUGUGAGGAAGGGUUCCUGACUGCAGCUUUUCUUUGAGUCUCACCAUUUAUAGCCUUUAAUAGGUUUACUUUGUGCAUGUGGUGCUGUUUCCCUUGUGCAGUUGUCUUUUCUUCUUUUCAAGGUAGUAGAUUGGAUCCAUGCUCACAUAAGGAUUCAUGCCCACUCCCACACCCUUCCCAGUUCUCUGAGCUGCUGAGGUGUAGGAUUUUAAAUAGAGUUGAAUAGAUGGAAUUGAUUAAAAAUAGGAUCUUGAAAAGUGAACUUCUGUGUUCAAAGAAGAAAACACAACACCGAAACAAAACACAUUUAUCUGUCAGUUAUUCCUACAUAGUUCCUGUCAUGCGAGUAUUAGUCAAGGUAUGUAAUGUAUAGGAACUUUUCUCCAGCAUAUUUGUUUCACUUGCUCAUUCACAAGCAUGAAGUCACAAAUAACAAGUUACUCUAGCAACAACCUCAGACAGUGUCUAUAAACUUUCCGCACAUUUAUAGGGACUGAUUGCACAUCUAUAUACAUUUUUUUCCUUAUCAUAGAAUUAGUAGUUACAUAAGAGCAGAUGAUUAUCUUACAAUACCCCUGUGUGGCACUGCUCCUGGUUUGUUUUCUUCAAAAGGCAGCAGAUUUUUGUGUAUUGCUGCAAACCAUCCUGCUCAGUCACUGGGAGCUUAUGUUGACAUCUGGGAGAGAAAAUCACUGAGAAACCUUUUGUAAUACUGUUCAAGAUUUCUAUUUCCGCCAUUGUUUGCUAUCUUGGUUCUGCAAUUUAUGCAGGUGUCAGAUAAAGCAUGGGAUUUUUUUUUUUUAGGUUGCUGUGUGUACUGCAUGGUGUCAGACACAAUGCAGGACUCUCAAGAAGUUCCCUGGGGGUGCAGCAUCAUACUGGUGUGUUGUAUCUUUUGAUUGUGACUCCCCUUGGUGGAAGCUCCUGAUAAUUUAGGGUGUUAAAGCUGCUUUGUGCCAUGCCAGGGACAGAGUGAGCAUUUGGGUGAUUGUUGGGGUGUGCAGCUCGAAGACAGGUGAAACCCACAGUGAUUGUUGCUGUUGGGAACCUUGAGCAACAUGGGCAAGGGGACCUUGGAGUUAUUAACUUGUUUAUUGCAUUCAGAGGUGGGUCUCCCAGAGCUCACAGGUGUGCUCUGCCUGGCUGUGAGAUGAUGCUUCCUGAAGGUGCUGCCUUGUGAGAACGAUGGCGUUAAACAGCCUUUUGUCUUAGUUGUCACCCAUUGCUUAAUCCUGGUCCAAAUACAUAUUUUUUGCUAGUAACAUUGAGUACCAGAUAAGAUUCAUUCUAACCUAAUAGUCUACCACUUCUCCCUUAUAAUUUCUGAGUGAUAAUAGGUAUCUUAACUGUCUACUUUUUUCAGGAACUACUUUGAAUCCUGCUGUUACACAGGAGAAUUUUCCAAUCCUUUGCUUCUUUGGGUGAGGUGAACAUUUUCCUGCUAGAUGUGAGCCUGAAGUUUAGCUCUAGAAGACAAAUUGCUGGAACUGGGAUGACUGCUUUCAGAAGAUGAACAUGAGGCAGUUGAUGUCUUGAGUUUAUGGUCAGCGCAUUGGCUGUACAGUAGUACUGUCGUAACAAAACAUGCCCUGGGAGAAUCAAAAGGGAGAAUCUAUAAUCUGGGCUGAGGUAGCCACCAAAUGUGUUUCAUCAGGUUUAUAAUGCCUCCAUUUCUGAAAGGUGUAAGGAAGCAAAACGGAGAGCAAAGUAACAGUGUUAGCAUCUAUCAUCUCGUCCAUCUGUGGUGAGCAGGAGGGACAGGUAUUUUUGAAAAAUCCCCAUGACUGGAUGAAAGUGUCAUUUGACCUUUCUCAAUAGCUCAUUUGGAAAUAAACUUUUUUAUUGAAGGACCCAUAAUAUAUCUUAGGUAUACUUAUUGCAUUUCUGCAAGUGAGCCAUGAGCUCUAGUUUGAUGAGAAACAUUGGGAUAACAGUGACAUACAUUCUUAACACAGCAUAAUGGCCAUCGCAACGUACCUUGCUGGUGUAUCUUUGGAUCACCAUCCUGAAGAUCAUCUGAGUAAAAACGUGUUGUAGGGGAACUAUGAGACAAUAGGGAAUAUUACUUUGAGAGAGAAGAUGGACUGAUGCAUCUACUACCAUGCAGACUAUGGUAGCACUUUUUGGUGGAUUGGUAAAGUGAUUUGAGAGCUGAGCCUUUUCUUGUAGCAAUAAGAAAAGUGAAAGAAAUUUCUGGUUUUAAUCAAGAUUUUGUUUUCGAGUUCAGUUUCUUGCUGUAGUGUGGUGCAUUGAUUUUUGUGGUAGGAAUGACAGCAAUUGUAUCCUUGUCCUAGUCUGGAGACUGGCUACAAACCAGUAGUUCAAUUUGUUCCUAACUGCAUUUUCUGAUAUGUGCUUAAAGUUUGGAGUGGAUAGUAUUGGACCCAGUAUUGGCUUUUUCCUUUAGCUAAACAAUUUUACUGAGUAAUGACAAUGCCUAGCUAUUUUUACCUUAGUAUCAGGGCAGUUUUAUUGUCCUUUUGUUUUCCAGGUCUUUAAGUAGAAAAAUUGUAGAAGUACACAGUCUAAAUGUAUUUUUACAUAGCAUCAAUUAGCUAUUCUUGGAAAUUCUUGUAGCAGUUUUUGUUAAGAUAUGUACUACUUCCACCUUGGUUUCUGUACCUCCUUGGAAGGAUUGGACAAACUGGACAAGGAUUUUCCUGUCUGUGUGUAAUUGGUAACUGUGUGUAGGUCCCUAAUCUGUUUGUGUGCAAAAAUACUGUGGUUCAUUGGGAAUAUCCUUGUGGGGAAACUGUCUUAUGAACAAACCAGCUGCAUUUGUUCUGGGACUUGGACAGUAGGAUCAAAGCUAGAAGGUAAUUGCACAGUAAAGGAGACUUGUUAGCUUUGAUGCACUUGAGGGAAGUGAAGGUUCCACUUAUUGUGGUGGAGAAGCUGGACUGGGAAUUGCCAAAGACUUAUAAUUGUGAUGGAGUGUGGAUGGAUGUAAAUAGUUUUGUUUGAGAUUUGCUGUUUUUGUUAGCUAGCAAAUUUUGCUUCACCAAUGUGUGGGGUAGACUCAGCACAACUGUCUAGUUUCAAUAGUGUUUAUUCUGUAUCUCUUCAUACUGAAUCAGCCUGUAGGAUCUGAAAAAACUACUGGUUAUUGUUAAUAGCAUUCAUUUUUCUUAGAUUUGCUAGGUGUUAUUAGACAAAGGAAUGCAGUAACUGCUGCUUAGUGUAAGGUUACACUUUUGCAAAGUGUAGUUGUAAUGUUUGAGGAUCAGAACUGCUUUUAAAAAAUAAAUGUUUUUGACUAAAGGCUUAUUGUGCUCAGACUGAUCAGACUGAAUGUACCUGCUUGGUAGUUAUCAGCUUCUCUUACAGUCCUUCUUACCCUAAGCCUUUGGGUGGUUAUGCCAAAUGCCAUCUGACUACAUUUGCUUGGGAGAAAUACUCGGUUUACUGUUUGGGAGCUCUGGCAAGAAGGUUUUUGAUCUGCAUUCAGUGCCAGCUCUCCUUGUAGUUGUCUGGUUCUGUACUUCUCUGCUUGGUGAGCUGGUCCACAUCUUGCUUCAAAUCUUCCCUGUAAUGCCGAGUUCUGCAUCGUUCGCUUUCCACUGCAGAUCACAGUGAAGUUCUUUUACUGCAGAAGGAAUGGCAGUCCUUUUGCUGAGAGGAGAAUGUGCAUGUUGGACUAACAAAAAAUGCUUACUGAGGCCGCUGAAAUAGGAGACAGUACCCCAGACAGAUGUUGAUGCAGAACACUUGUAACCUGGGAUGUGGGUGUGCUGAUGGAAAGUGACCAAGGGGACUUGUUGGGUUAGAAGAAAGAUUUGUGGUAGUAUUAGUGCAAGUAUGGAAGAAAGGUGAUUUUCAUCUAAGUAAGCAAGUUAGUUGUAUUAAAAUAAAAAAUAGAGUGUUGUUUUAGCAUAAUACUUAAACAGUAGUAGUAGGUUUCUGAUCUGAACUUUAACUAACUGCACUUCAACUGGUUUCCAGUAUUCCAGUCAUGCAUUUAAACAAGGAGGUAAGGUCAAACCCUGGUUUGAUCUCCUUUAGAGUCACACAUAUGAAGUGUAUAUGUAUACUUUUAGCCAGAAGGAAACAUUAUGACGAUCUAAUGGGACCUCUUACAUGAACUGGGCCACAUGUGUUUGAGUCUUGCAGGUGGACUCAAUAACUUGUGAUGAAACUAAAGAAUACCUCUAGAAGAGAUGAGGUUUCAGUCUUGAUUUGUGGUCUUUUAGUGGUGUGAAAUUGUGUUCGUUAGUUGUGUUUAAGAAUGGAUGAACUUCAGAAAAAUAAUCUUAAUUUCAACACAGGCUACUAGAGCUUGUGAUCACUUUUUUGGGCUUUUCAUCAAACAUCUCUCUGUAUAUGCCUAUGGAUGAUGUUCUCUAAAACUAAAGAGACUGAGCUCACCACUGUCUACCAGCAAGGCAGCCCUGCCACAGCUCUGACUCUGUACUUGAAGAAGGACUGCUCUCCGGCAUCUUACCUGCUUGGUGUCAGGGGCAACAUAUUUACCUCUAUCAACUUUCUCCUUCAACUGAUUUCUAUUCAGAUUAAACCAAGAGAAAAGAACAAUAUGAAAGAUGUUUAUAUCUUUUUCUUUGUUUAGGACUUUCUGUUGUCCCAAUAAACUUUCUUUAAUAUUGUAGCCGUUCCAAGUAUUCCAGUCACCUUUUGACUCUCUCCAGAUUGUGACUACUAAAGUCAUCUUUGCCAUAAUGGUGAGAAAGUUGAACGUUAUAUUUUUGCCAUCAGAUUAAUGCUAUAUUGCCAUAAAUGCUGAUUUUCCUACUGUCCUUUUUCUCUCUUGCCCACCCAUGUUGUUGUUCUUUACUGGGUGGAACACACUUGAUACGUUAUUAGUCCUUUGUGUCUUUUGAUAUCAUACACUCUUUGACAACCUAUUUCUUCUACCUUAUGAAUGACAAAUAUAUUAAUACAAUUGAUUGGAAAUGUAAUAUAAUUUUCUUUGAUUCUCAAUGGAUUCUGUUUUCUUGUGUUGUGCAGUUUUAUUUUUCUGGGAAGACUUUUUGCAUUUGGUUUGAGUAUGGAAGUGAGACUGAAAAUGCAUGUGUGUGUAAAUUGAGCAUAAGUCAACGAGGAGAAAAGAGGUCUGCUGGAGAAAAUUAAGAUCAAGGUGCAAAGAAGUCUAAGGAUAUGAAGAGCUCCAGCAUGCAAAUCAAUCUCUGUGUUACUGUCUCUCACUUACAGAGCUUUCCCUUUCUCUGUGCACCCUAUGUCCGUCCCCCUUUGCUGAACGUUACUGCUAAUGGGAGGGAUUCAACAUUUUUAAGUUCAAUUCUUAUAUUGCCUGUUCUGUCUGGUUCUUCACACACAUUAUACCACGCAUGUACACAUAGUAUGUUGGUAAAGACUUUCAGAUGUCUACCUUAGGAAUAAAAAAAUCCCCACUGACAUUUUCUGUACAUUAUCCCAACCUUUCCUGUAGAAUGUUCUAACUUGGUUAUAAUCCUGCCCUUUAGUUUCUGUACGCCCUGUUGUCUCCUGUUUUUUUUUUUAAUGAUAAAUGUUGUUUGUUGAAGAGCUUUCCUCAGUGAACCUUACUUAAUAAAGUUACUGUUUUAAGUGUUAGUGUCUGUUACACAGAAUUUUCUUGUAAAGAGCAGUAACAAACAUUAUUUCCCUCAGAUCUGCUUUAUCAAAUGCCUCCUCAAGCAACUAGAGAUGUUAGGCCUGCCACCUCAUAGCUGGUUUUAUCUUUGUGGAGAGAAGAUUAAGUAAAAUGGAGAAGUCUUUCCAGUAACAAAACACAUUACCUAAGCCCAGUUAUGUGAGAGUCAGUAAAUAUCACCUGAGUUGACUGGAAGAGAAGCAGCUUUUGUCUGUGGGUCACUUUUCAUCAGGCAUGCUACCUGUCAGCUUGCAGUCUUGUUGGCAUCAGAUUACUUAGCCCACCUUCAACUGCUGACAUAACUGGGAACAAUUUACAGAAUGGUAUGGAAAGUGAUAUUUUGACCUUUUCCAAAGUGGAAAUCUGCUAGUAACAACUGUCAUCAGGAUCAGUUUUUGAGUCUGUGCGUGCAGCUUCAGCCUUGCCCAUAGCUGGGUAUGGAUGAAAAGCUGAAUUAAAUACUUCUCUUAGCACUGGUAUGGCUGCAUUAGCAUCAGUCCUCCUGAAGCUUCUAAUGUAACUUAAUAGAGGCUCUUUUCCUUAAUUGGGGUCAGAUACGCCUUUCAAAAUGGACAUUGGUGGAUGACACACUGAUGUACCAAUUAACACAGUGUUAACCAUACCUUUCCUCUCCUGUUUGCUGGGAAAUGGAGGAAGGCCAUGGUCUGCAACCACUGCUUGGCCUGCCAGUCUGCAGUGCUUCUGUGCAUUCACUGACCUGACCAACUUCAGCCUAUGGUUUGAAGAAACUAACUGUUCAAAAACACCACCUAAAUUCCCUGAUAAUCAAAAGGGGGCUGAAAAAUGGCAACUGGACUGUGAGCACAGCUCCCAAGUUUCUCAAGACUGUUAAUUUCAGUGAAACCAAAGGAAAGUGAGUGUAAGUUCAGCUAUCAGCAUGUGCCUUUUCCUUUUUUUUUUUUUUCACCCCUGGCUUCUUUAGGCUUAGAUUUCUGUGCAGUAUAAAAUUUAAACUUUAGGCAGAUGAAGUGUGAUACUGAUUUAUAUUUAAUGGCUAUAAGUGUUUGAAAUGUCAUUUGUUUGCCUAUACUAUGACAAGAUUCUGAACUGAAGCAGCAUAGACAUGGUUUUUUUGAUUUCCACAAAAUUCCCAAUUGCUCUAGACUAACAGAUUUUUACAAAUAGGGUUAAUUAAGUCUUUGCUUACAGUGAUUAUAUUUAAGACAGCUUGCACUUUAGAAAAUACACAUUUUUACAUUCCCAACGUCACAAUUACACUUUGAUUUUUUGCAAGUGGUUUCAUGCAGAUUUCUGUGCAAGCACAGAAUUGGGAUUCCAGCUGUGGACUUUGUCAGUUGAGUCCUAGCAUAACUUCAGGCGUGGUUUUUCCCUUUUAAAAAGCCCUCUAAAAUUUGAUAAGAAACUUUAAUCAUACACUUUUUCUAAAAUACUCUGGGUUUUGGUUUUUUGGUGGGACUUUUUUGUUGUCUUUUGUUUUUGCUCAGUUUUUAAAUGAUGCAUUUAGGGUGAGGAAAAGCUUACUAAAGAUUCUUUAUUAAAUAUACAUGUGAGGAUGUAAUGCUGUUGUACAGACUGACACUAGAAAUGCACUUGCAGUCACAUUUGCCUUUACAGUCUACAUUGCUCUUAAGAGUCAGAAAGGGAGAUAGUGUUUUAUUGAUAACGUUUCUGAUGUCUAAUUCUUAGGUGAGGGUAAGAUUUUAUGUCUUGCCCUUUGGCUGUUUAUUCCUCAUUACAGAGAUGUUUUCCCAAUUUUUUUUAAAAUCCAGGUUUGCUUACAAAGUAAUUUACUUUUUAUUAGAAAUAGGUUGAUGUUCUGUAUUGACUUAUCUGAUGAUGGUUAUUAUACUGGCAAGCAAGAUUUUAUCAAAGUAUCCUGAAGAAGGAAAGGGAAACUCUAUAGCAGGCACAGACUGAGGGGAUGAAUCCACUUACUGCCAAAAGCAGCAAAUGGAUUGUAUGGUGUGUCAACCAUGAUAAUACCGAUGGACUUACUCCAUAGUGAGUUGAAUAUUUUUUGAUUCAGUGUUUUGGGACAAAAGAGUGUAACUAUUUGGGGUUUGUGGUGGUAAAUGUAACUUAGAUUUUAGUUGGAACUGGCUAGUUGUCUGAUCUGCAGAAAAUACAGAUACUCUGUGUUCUGAAUUCACCUCAUCAGAAAGAUCUACACUGUAAGUUUAAAAUGUUGGAAGUAAUAAACCAGAAAAAUACAUUGAAAUUCAGUCUUUUAUGGAGCUACUUUCUUGGAAAAGUUUGUAAGAGUAUUUUAUUCUUGCCAUUUAUCAGUUGUGGGCUGUGUAUGGUACUCUGAAAUCCUUGGGUGAAAGGUACUGGAAGCGUAAAAAUCUGUAUGGUAAAGAUGGUGUAAUGCUGCAUCCCAGCAGAGAGGUGGCUCUAACCAAGAGAGCUGAUCCAGCUGAGUUGAAAACAAUAUUUUUGAAGUAUGCAAGUGUGGAGAAGAAUGGAGAAUUCUUCAUGUCUCCUCAUGACUUUGUCACCCGAUACCUGAAGAUAAUUGGAGAUGGUUUGCCUAAUGCAAGCACUGUACAGCUCCUUGCAGGUGUGGUGGAUCAGACAAAAGAUGGGUUGAUAUCCUUUCAAGAGUUUGUGGCAUUUGAAUCAGUCCUGUGUGCUCCAGAUGCAUUGUUCAUAGUAGCCUUUCAGCUGUUUGACAAGACUGGCAAAGGAGAAGUUACUUUUGAGGAUGCUAAGCAAGUUUUUGGCCAGACCACAAUUCAUCAGCACAUUCCUUUUAACUGGAAUUCAGAGUUCGUACAGCUGCAUUUUGGAAAGGAUAGAAAAAGACACCUAACAUAUGCGGAGUUCACUCAGUUUUUACUGGAGAUACAGUUAGAACAUGCAAAACAAGCUUUUGUACAGAGAGACAGUGCUCAGUCUGGAAGAGUCACAGCUAUGGACUUCAGGGACAUUAUGGUCACUAUCCGGCCACACAUGCUGACGCCAUUUGUAGAAGAAUGUCUAGUAGCUGCUGCUGGAGGUACCACUUCCCAUCAGGUCAGCUUUUCCUAUUUUAAUGGAUUUAAUUCUCUCCUUAACAACAUGGAGCUCAUUAGAAAGAUCUACAGUACUUUGGCUGGAAAUAGAAAAGACGUGGAAGUCACUAAGGAAGAGUUUGUUCUGGCAGCUCAGAAAUUUGGUCAGGUUACACCCAUGGAAGUUGACAUCUUGUUUCAGUUAGCAGAUCUUUAUGAGCCACGGGGGCGCAUGACGUUAGCUGAUAUUGAAAGAAUUGCUCCUCUGGAGGAAGGGACAUUGCCCUACAAUCUGGCAGAGGCUCAGAGGCAGAAAGCUUCAGGUGAUGCGUCUCGACCUAUUCUCAUCCAGAUUGCAGAAUCAGCGUACAGGUUUGCCCUUGGUUCAGUUGCUGGAGCUGUUGGAGCCACUGCAGUCUACCCAAUUGAUUUGGUAAAAACUCGAAUGCAAAACCAGCGUUCUACAGGCUCUUUUGUGGGCGAACUUAUGUACAAAAACAGCUUUGAUUGCUUCAAGAAAGUGCUGCGUUAUGAAGGUUUCUUUGGGCUUUACAGAGGUCUGUUACCGCAGCUAUUAGGAGUAGCACCAGAGAAGGCCAUAAAACUAACUGUUAACGAUUUUGUGAGAGAUAAGUUUAUGAGUAAAGAUGGCUCUGUCCCACUGGCUGCAGAAAUUCUUGCUGGUGGCUGUGCUGGAGGUUCUCAAGUGAUCUUUACCAAUCCACUGGAAAUUGUCAAGAUUCGAUUGCAGGUGGCUGGAGAAAUUACUACUGGUCCACGAGUUAGUGCCCUCAGUGUAUUAAGGGACUUAGGUUUCUUUGGUCUCUACAAGGGUGCUAAGGCAUGUUUUUUGCGUGAUAUCCCCUUCUCUGCCAUUUACUUCCCUUGUUAUGCUCAUUUGAAAGCUUCAUUUGCAAGUGAAGAUGGGAGGGUUAGCCCUGGAAAUCUGCUCUUGGCUGGAUCAAUAGCUGGUAUGCCUGCAGCCUCUUUGGUCACCCCUGCAGAUGUGAUCAAAACAAGGCUACAGGUGGCAGCCCGGGCAGGACAGACCACCUACAGCGGCGUCGUAGACUGCUUUGCCAAGAUCCUGCGAGAGGAAGGUCCAAAGGCUCUGUGGAAAGGAGCAGGAGCUCGUGUAUUUCGAUCUUCUCCUCAGUUUGGUGUAACUCUGGUGACUUACGAGCUACUGCAGAGAUGGUUGUAUGUGGACUUUGGAGGAGUAAAACCAGCUGGAUCAGAUACAGUUCCUAAAUCUAGGAUCACGCUCCCUGCUCCUAACCCUGACCAUGUUGGCGGUUAUAAAUUGGCAGUUGCCACUUUUGCAGGGAUUGAAAACAAGUUUGGACUUUACCUACCUCGGUUUAAGCCAUCACCACCUACCUCAAAGGCUGCUGCAGCAGUAGGACCCUAAAUUUAUCGCUGUAGGGUUUUUGUUAUUAGUUGGGAAAGAGCCACUUUUCUAAUUGGUUAAUACUUUGUUCCUUUAGCUUCUCAUCAUAUAAAAGUUUAGCUUCAUUUGAGUUUUAAGGUAAUUUUCAUCUUAAACGUAAUCAUUUGUCUUUGUGCUUCCGUAACCAGAUCACUGUGAAAUUCUUACCAGUUGUUUUAAGUUUGGGACCAUGAAUGUAUUUGUCCACAUCUGACAUGUGCUUGUGUUGGGAAGACACUAAUUUUAGGUUCCGUUUAUUAGGGAGGGCUGGGUGAGAGCUGUGAACCAGAUCAUUUUACAGGCAGUGCGCAGUUGCAGAUUACCAGGGCAGAUGUCGCACAUCGUCACUCGAAUGGAAAAACUCAGUGGAUAUCACGGUGCUCAAAGCAGAAUGAUUUUGACUGUAUGUGUAAAUUGGUUAUAAACUUGGUGCGUGUCUGCAGAGGUCAGCAAAUAUAUACCCGGUACCUAAGUAUGCCAGUACAGCUUCAACUUUUUAAAUCUGUACACGCACAACUUCUGUUUCUGGAUCGUAUUAUGAAGCUUUUAUGUGGAACAUGUUUUUGUAAUGAAAACCACAUUUAUAAAUGUUUAGCCGUUGUAUUAUGUUACUGGUAUCAAAAUGCUCAAAAGAAAGUGUUAUUGUCCAUAGUCUUUGCACUUUAUGGCAGAACUUUUGGCAUUCUACUACACAUACAAGGAAAUUUCAUAACUAGGUGCCUAUCUUGGGUUGCUGGUGUUUGGAAUUCAGUUUGUAUAUGCACUUCUAUAGUAAAACGCUGCUUGUUUAAAUAACUGCAAUAGAAAAUUCAUGCACUGUAUCAAUGGUACCUGCCUUAAUUGCUGGCUUGUAAUUGGCAAAUAGGUGGUUUCAGAUUCUUAUUUACUUCAUCAAGUCAAAAGAGAUUAAAAUAAUCUAAAAUAAAAGAUUUUACUUAAUUUUUGGUGCCUUGCACAGUGUUUAGAAAAUUCUGUAUUUAUGAAGAUAGAAAUAAACCUUUCAAACAGA